UCCCUUCCGUGGAUACGUCAGAUCCGAGCGGGGUGUCGCGUCGGUGCCUCGAGGCUCUGCAGGGCCCUUUGCUGCUGGGUCUUCUCGCCUGGUUGUGACGUCACGCCCGUGCGUGGAUUACCUGCAUCGCGCGCUUCACCCGCGCGUUGCGUCAUUGUGUCUCGCGUGGCGGGGCCGAGCAGAAGCCUCCCGCCGGGUUUGUCUGUCUUACCGGUGACAGCUCGCGUCGCAGCGGCGUGUUGUGAGGGGCUGCAGACGAGAGAGGCUGAGACCCACGGCCCCGAGUCCGCUGCGGCCGCUGUGCAGCCGGGGGCUCCGUGGCCCCUCGUAGUCUGUCCCCGGAGGUUUCUGGAAGACCGGGGUGCCGCGACCACUCACACCGGCGUGUAUCAGUUAUGGAUUGCUCUGCGUAGACUUUACGCUAGGAAAGCAAAUGCCUGACUGACAUUUUAAAAACCCGCUGGACUACUGUAUAAAUCGGAUUCAACGUUUAAUAUUUAUUUUAAUGAAGGCCCUAUCAUUUAUUGCUCGGGUGACUGCCAGCAGACUCCCGAGACGAAAUUCCUGAAGGGGGGGGUGGCAACCCUGGCCCUGCAGCAGCAACUUCUCCAGCCUCCUGUUCCUACAACGAUCGCCCUCUCCGAACUAUGCAGUUGUGCCUAUGAGAGACAUGGUCUGUGCUGUCAGAGUGUGCCUGUGAGGGCAUGCUCACCCAACUCCCUCCACUUCAAGCCUCCAGUAGGUUUUGGGCAUGGGCGACUGGUGCUACCUGAGUUGGCGGGGCACAUAUCCCCCCAAGCGGCCAGUCAGUGACCGGCCGAUCGUGCCAGCCAGUCAGGGCGAGCGGUGCUCCCGGAAGUGGCCGCAGCGCUCCCAGAAGUGCCAGCAGUGCUUCAUCCAGCACCCCCAUGCCCCGGCCAGCACUCCCGGGGGGGGCACCGGCGCGCCCGUCUGCCCAUCCUGCCUGUCACCGAAGCAGGGAACACUGCUGGUUAGGGGGUGCACCAGCGCUCUCGGGGUGCACAUGCACCCCUGUGCAUCCCAUACGCAUUGCCACUGGUUUUGCUCACUUUUGAAAGCCUAUUUUUGCUACCAGAGAAUACAGGCAAGGUUUAUAUGACUAAGAAAAGUUGUCCUACCUGGGGUAGAAGUCCUGGACCUUCAUGGCCUAUGAAAAGGAGCUGUGCACACAGGUGCAAAACUGCCGCAAGAAUAUAGGCAUCUGUUCAAAUAUUGCAAAGGACGUACCAAAGAUGGGUUACAAGCAGAAGUGCAGGGUGAUGAGACAGGAAUGCAGCCUUCCUAUCAAAAGGCUGCUCUCCCCAUUUGUGUUAUUACACGAGUAGGGAUAUCACAAUGGAUGGUGACCUCAGCCUGCAAUAUCUAUGGACACCUCACAACGUGGGGAGGAAGAAUCUGCAACCUCCGAAGUGCAGGCCACAGUCAAUUUAAUGCAGGGAGGAAAUCACAGGAUACAGUCCCGUUAGACUUAGGAGCUCUUUGCAAGCCAACUAAAUGUGAACCAGAUGAACCAAGUGACAGUCUACUGAGGAAGGAAAUGGGAGCACAAAUAAGGGCUCAGCAUUGUGAUGGUUGCUUGCUGCUGAGUCCCAUCGGUCAUCUCUCUCGAUUCCUUACUUCAGAACUGACACCAGAUGAAAACACUCCAGUUGCUGAUGAAAAUGAAACUAUACCUGACCAGACAAAGCUAGACCCAAUCCAGGAUGUGGAUGUCAUCUCUGAGGAAUCAAAAACAAAUGAGAGUUUCCCAGCAGAGGCAACAGAAACUUUGGUUCCAACACCACCAGAAAAUGAUUUGGGCAGUAAAAUAGUAGAUCCCGGAUCUGGGGAGAGCACUGGGCCAACACCUGAAGGACUGGUGGAGGAUGAUGGUCGACUGUCUACAAGUCUGGAAAAAGGCAUGGACCUUCUUCCUGCAGGAGCAAUGGAGGUCAUAGAGCUGUCACCAGCAGGAUCACCAGCACCACCAGCAGAGGGCAUUGGGUCACUUCUCAGGGUACCAGCAGAGGACAUAGGGCUGCUACAUGUGGGACCAAUGGAGGGAAAUCUCAGCCCUGUAAUAGAAAUCACCAAGGAAGUACAAAUUAAUGAAGAGGACCAAUUAAUUGAGGGUGAGACGGGAGAAAAAGUGGAAACUGAGAUGCACAGUGAGAUAGUAAGUGAGGGGAAUGAAACAAAAGAAGAAGAAACAGGAGAAGCUUUGGAUGUUACAGCAGCAACAGAGAUAGAGGCAACUAAUAAUGAGGAAUAGGAGUCAUGUCUUUAUGGACUUCUUCUUGGGCCUAUUCAACUGAUGAAAUCAACAUUCUUUAAUGUUAUGGCUUUUGGAGAAUAUCAGGAUUGUAAAAACGCUUUUAUGGACUUUGACACAAAUAUUAACAAGAGGCACUGGAAAACAUAAGGAUUCUUUCUCCAAAGUCAAAUUGCCAAGGCUUCCACAAGGAUGUAAACUUUCAUUUAUCUGCCAUAGAGUGCCUUCUGCACACUAACAAUUGAUUUUUUUUUUUCUUUUUAGAAAACAAAACAAUUUACUGCUUAGUUUUCAUUUAAGUUAUUUUUUUAACCUGGAAAAAAAAAUCAAACUUAAAAUGUGAGGGGUUCAGCCAUCGUGACUGAAUUAGUAGUAUAUAGGAUGCAAAUAAUAUAGCACAGGAUUUUUAUUUUUUAAUGUUGGUGCUAGAUUGAGAUAUGAAGCUUAAGCACAUUUCUGAUUCUUCACACUAUUCUUGUGUAUUAAAUUGCCCAAACCUGCAAGCAUACGUGGGAUUCAGACCUCAGAGUUCCUGUGUGCGAGGAUUUGGGUAUAUGUGGCAGACACUUUACAGAAUACAUAGAGCGUUCACUUCCAAGAUAAAAUGUCCACAGCUGCCUCUCAUUUGUUAAGUGUUGUUAAGGAAAAAUCAGCAUGUAUGCAUGAUAUAAGCAGUAUAUAUACAUGAUUAUUGAAAUGGAGUGAGGAGAAAAAGUAUUUUUAAAUCUCUCUGAUAUUUUAUGCGCUUACGCUUUGGCCCACCUAAAAGAGUACAAAAGUGAUUACUGAUUACUAAAGCAAAUAUUACAGCAGAUUAACUAACAGUUAUAGUCACUGUGCAGUUUUUAUAAUAAAAUUAUAACUAGUGAUGUACAUAAACUAGUAAAUUCCUUGUUCCAACAGUGUGUAAUUUCUUAGCUCCAUUUUUCUGAUAGUGUUACGCUUCUAGAAGUGAUUAUAUAUUUAUCUUAACUUUCUUUACUACACAUUAAAGAAUUCUCCCUGGGUUGAAGUUAAUGGUGAAGAUUUCAAACAAUUUCCUUGGAAACAGACUUGAGAGUGCCUUGCCUAAUGAAUUUGAUAGGUUAUUUGUACUAGUAAUGGCCAUGGAGAAGGUUCUCAUUAUAUCUGGGGGGGUUCUUAUGAUUAGAGAGGUAGUUAGCUAUCUGAGUCUGAAAUCAGGCAGAAGGUAGGGAAGGGCAUACUUUACAAAAGCAUAUGCCCUUCUGAAUGAGUCAGUCUUUAGACUCUCAGUGGGCACACCCACUUUGUGAAGGUCCAAGGUGCCCUGAACCUGACACUGAGGGGAUUUCUCCCCACCCAGUCUGUCUCCAGGGCUCAGGCAGAGGUGGCUGGGUCCUGGAUCCUGGGACGGCUCCAUGCCAGACCCUGAACCUCAGCUGAGCAUCAGGAGUCAGCAUGGGACAGCCCCAGCAUGCCACACAUUCAAUUUAAGGAGUUAUACACCAGCCAAAAAAAUGUGGCACACAAUAUGUUGAACAUAUUUGUGGAGCAUUGACUAUAUUACCACACCAUAAAUUGGCUUUAAGAUGUGGUACUGUUACUAUUUAUGAUGUGAUUAACAGGUUAACAUCUGUCAGGGCCCUAAGGUGCCACCCUGCCUUGCUUUCUACUUGGGUUUUUGUUUACAAGAUUCCAGCAUAAGAAAUCAGAAGGCUGCAGUCCAGAAGGAAACGUAAAGUUUUUUCCACAAUGGCUGAGCACUGGUUUUAGGGUUAUUGGCUCCCUUUUUUUGAAGGAAUUCACACAACUUAGAAAAAUAUACCCAUGACUUACACAAACAGCAAGAGCCAAAUUCUGUAUUACUGCACAAGCACACAACUUUGAUCUGUGUUGAACAUUUAAACUUAUAUCCUUUGCCUUUUUAGCCUUUUACUCUAGUUAUCUCUGGCCAUAUGAGUGUGGUGUUUUCUUACAGUCUUCUGAGUAAACCGUUAAGAAAUAGAUGAUGGUAUUUCUUAAAUGUUAAUUAAGGUCACCUAUCAGUUUCUGAUUUGUAUACCUCAUUCUAUUUGCAGUCUAUAUUCUUUUUCAAAUCACAGCUAUUUGAGAGGUUCUGUGUUUAACUGCAGUCUGAUAGAUGAAACAGCUGUCUUGGUUGAUAUUUUAGAUAACAUUUUGCAACUUUUAUAACAUAUUUUAAACCAAACAAUGCACAUGGUGAAUUUCCCCCUUUGACUUAACUUGUGUAGUUGGAGGUUCUUGGGCCUAUUAAUACUUUAGAAUGCUGAUCAGAAAUGAAAUACAAAAGCUGCCCUUACUAACUUUUCUGAUGUACAGAUCCAGUAGUGGCACAAAAUUAAUAAUUAUAUAUUGAAGGAUUCCAAAGCCUGUGCUAAUAGUAUAUCAAAGCAGCAGGUGUGUCAAGAAGACAGCAGCAGCUAAGUUACGAGCCCCUUGUGCAUGAGAGUAAGCACACAGUGAACAUGUCUACGCGAGAUGCUGCUGCGCAGUCGUUACUACGUAUUUAUUUAGUACUUGUAUUAACAAGUACUAAAUAAAUGUGCAGUAACCCAAAUUACGACACAGUAGUGCUGGUGAAUGUUUUUAAGUGAUGCUACUGUACAGUAGCCUAAUAAUACCGUGUAGUAGUGUAUUACUACUGUGUGCUGUGAUGCACUACUGUGCAGUAUUAUUAAGCUACUGCACAGUCAGCAUCUUGUGUAGAUGCACCCAGUAAAAGUGUUACAUGCUUAGAGAAGUAAUGAGCAAGCAGUUUAACUAGAUGCAGAUAUUUCAUAUUUUAAGAAGGGUGAGGUGCUCUCAGUCUCGAUGCUUAUGGCUGAAGCAGCAGGGAAAGUAAAUAGCGUGUUUUUCCAGGGGGACUGUAAUUUUUCUGAAGCUAAAUUGUAGGUGUUGCAUUUAAUGUCUAAAUAGUAAAAUUCCCUAAAUGUUAAAACAAGUUAGGGGAGAAACAUUACUAAAUAAGAAUGCAUUGUAGGAGAGAGAUGUGAAAGUAAAGCAUCUUUAAAAUAAAAGUUAAUGUUUGUUUUGUUCUUUUUUAUUUUAAGUAGCUAAAAUGUGAUUGAACCAAAGUUGAAAUGGUAACUUACUGUUAUAGCUGCCUGUGAAACUGAAUUGCAAGUUAAUAUUGUGCGCAAAAAGGGUCCUAAUCCCGUAUGGUACUUACACAUGUACUUAUCGUUAAGUACAGGAGCAAUUCAAAUCAAACAAGACUGAGGCCUAAGAAGCAUCUAUCAGUACUUGUUUUCAUGUUGAAGAGCUGUAGAUUAAAACAUAAGUAAAGUGUUCUUACUUUUAUGGUUUUUGUUUGAGAAAGAAGUCCAUGUGAAAGUAUGUUGCAAUCAAAUUUUACACAAUAAAGAGGUUUAAACAUGCA